CUGGAGACCUUCGGAAAGUGGGUGCGUCAGUCCGUUGUUGAACGCAGAGACUUGAGGCAGACGCGAUAUCCUCCAACUCCGCAAUGGCAAAGCAAUUUUACGAGCUGACGUCCAAGCUGCUAACGGGGGAAACUUUUAAUUUCUCCUCGCUCAGGGGCAAAGUGGUCCUCAUUGAGAAUGUCGCGUCUCUCUGAGGGACCACCACCAGGGAUUACACCCAGAUGAACGAGCUCCACGAGCGAUAUGCCAGCAAGGGCCUCGUUAUCCUGGGUGUACCCUGCAACCAAUUUGGCCACCAAGAGAACUGCAAGAAUGUCGAAAUCCUCUCAUCGUUGAAGUACAUCCGACCCGGAAACGGCUUCGAGCCCAAGUUCCAGCUCCUGGAGAAGGUGGAUGUGAACGGGAAGGACGCCCACCCACUGUUUACGUUGCUGCGGGAGACGCUCCCGUUCCCCAGCGACGACCCCACCUCCCUGAUGACCGACCCCAAGUAUAUCAUCUGGAGCCCCGUAUGCAGGAACGACGUGUCCUGGAACUUUGAGAAGUUCCUCAUCGGAUCGGAUGGCGUGCCCUUCAAGCGCUACAGCCGUAAGUUCCUCACGAUCGACAUCGAGGGGGACAUCAAGAAGCUCUUGAGCCAAGCAAACUAACAAAAGCUCCUCAGCCUGUCAGGACCAACUGUGCUCACUUGUUGACAUGUACGCUGUUUUCUGUUUUGUUUUUUUACUCGAUGAAGGUGACCUCUGAAACCAGUUGUGAGGAGCUUACCUGAUGUACUGUAAAGAAACGGAACAUGUCAGCUACAUUCAAUACAUGGAAAGCACAGUUGUGGUUCAAAAGAACAAAUAAAUGUUUCUUCCAUCA